AUGUAUCAAAAUUGGCGAGAAGAGGAUUCAAAAGCGGCGAUGACGUCAUCAGGUGGUUAUCCACGUGAUUUUUUUGGGACAGACGCGUUAUGGGAUACUGAAAGUUUCGGAAUGACACCCACCAGCAGUUUCGGAGCUCCAAAUGUUUCAAUACCAGUUCAGUCUCCCGAUAAAAAAAACGGAUUACUGUACCAGAGGCAGCAUGGUCCAUGGAGUGCUCAAACAAACGAUGGAGUGAUGGAUAAGGAAACAUAUUUCAAUGAAAACUUGGAGAAUACGGUUGAAAAAGAGCGCUGUAACGAAAUGGAAAAUGCGAAUCCAGUUGUCUAUGCCGACGAUGAAAAUACGAAAAUUCUGGAAGAGAAGUCAUCAGUCCCUGCAACUACUCUAUUCCAAUCCACCAGUGGUCCUGAUAAUUUCUGGAAUUCCAACCCUUACAAAGCUUGGAAUGAUAGUCCAAUAACUUUGAAGCCAACUGAACUUAUGGACAAUAGUAUGCACCAAUUAGAUGCGCCAAUACCCGGAAAUAUAGAUACAGAAGAAUUAUGCGAGAAGCUUACCCAAGAGAUUCAUAAAUAUUAUAUUUCUCGUCAGUAUUUUGCGAAGAAAGUGUUGAAUAAGGGUCCAAAGGUCCUACGUAAAAUGUUGAAGGAUCCGAAACCCUGGAAUAAGCUUCAAUCUGCUCGUGUAAAUUAUAUUCGGAUUUAUAAUUGGUUAAAUUUGCCGUUGGAGAAGAGACUGGGCAUUUUGGAUAUGGAAUUGCCGGAAAAGAAGUGUGAAACUACUGAAGCCGUUAAAGCGGACCUAUUGAAUGCUCCAUUACCAGGAAAACCAGAUUUGGAUACAGAACAACUAACUGAGCAACUGGUCCAAGAGAUAAAAACCCACGAAAUUCCCCAAGCGAAAUUUGCGAAGAAUGAUGUUAGGAUCUAUGAUCGGUUUAAUUUGCCAGCGGAAGAGAGAAUGGAAUAUUUUAAGGAGGAUAAUAAAAAUUGUUCCAAAAAGAGAAAAAGUUUCGAGUACAACGUCAUCGAUCAUCAUGACAAUUAUCAACCAAUCCAAAACAAUCUUGAUGUCGAUGACAGCAAUAAUCAGUACAAUCAACAAGCACUUCAAACCAGCACCGAUAUGGGUUCCAACGAUGCUCUGUGCAUUCCUGAAUCACAAAUCCAAACUUAUCUCCAUAGGGACGACAUCAAUGAUCAGUACAAUCAUGAACUACUCCAAAAUAGCAACGUUCGUAUGCACAAUCAUGAUCCUCUGCUGAGUAACUCCGAUACUGACGACAGCAAUAAUCAGUACAGCCACCAACCCAACAAUCCGUACAAACGUCAGCCAUUCCCCGCCGAUAUCAAUUGCGCAAGGGAGGUUUUCAAGAAGGAACCAUUCCAUUCCGUCGAUUCAGUUUUCAAUAAGAUGGCUCGCAGAACACAAACGCCAUCCGAGAUGAGAUCACCAUCAUUAAAUGAUGUGGCUCGUUUAGAUGAUUCAUACAGAGGAGGCAGUGAUAAUAAUAGUGAGUGGUUUUCAUCCAGUACUAUAAGAGACCCUAACUUUUUUAAUUUUCUAGGUACUAAACCGACUUCAUCCUCAUCCUCUGACUCCGCAUUCGAAUAUUAUGAAGGACUUCUGGCUGCCCCUCUUGCCGAUGGCGCUGUGCUCGACACUAAAAUUCUAAGCGACUCUAUUCUCCAAGAACUGGCAAUCAAGAAAAUCCCGCAAACCAUCUUCGCCAAAAGAGUCGCCAAUCGCUGUCAAGGCACUCUUUCCGUGCUUCUGAGAAAACCAAAGCCAUGGGAUUGUGUUAAAACUGGUCGUGGCAUUUAUGUCCGUCUUUACAAUUGGUACCAACUACCAGAGAAUCAAAGAAUGGAGAUUGUUGAUAAGAAAAUUAAUUGCGCUGUUCCGGAGAAAAAGCCAGUUGAUGGAAAAGGAAUACGUACGACUGAAGCUCCCGCCCAAAAGAAGCCACGCACAGUGUUCUUUCCAGUUCAAAAAAGUGCUCUACAAUCCAUCUUCGAAGAGAAUCCAAAGCCAUCAGCUGACGUUAUGGCUCAUAUUGCUCAAACCCUUGAAUUGGACAAUGACAGCGUUGUAAAUUUCUUUCAAAACACUCGCAAACGAACCAAUGAUCAAAUGAAACGUAAUCGUCAUCCACAGAACAAUUUCCAAGAUUACCAAGAAAAUCAAAAAACAGAUUACUAUUAA